CUCUCUCACUGGAUAUGCCCGCGAGCGAGUCAGAUUCAGACGGGCGCAGACAUACACAGAAGAAUAAGCACAUGUGACACACAUAACAUUGGGAGCAGAAUGUCUGUGAAUGCCCCCAGCAGCAGUGAUGCGUGUUUAAGCAUUGUUCACAGCCUGAUGUGCCACCGCCAGGGAGGAGAGAAUGAGAGCUUCGCCAAACGUGCCAUUGAAAGCCUGGUAAAGAAACUCAAAGAGAAAAGAGAUGAGCUUGACUCCCUCAUCACUGCUAUCACCACAAAUGGAGUCCAUCCAAGCAAGUGUGUCACCAUACAAAGAACGCUGGAUGGACGUUUGCAGGUGGCUGGGCGGAAGGGUUUCCCUCAUGUCAUAUACGCUCGUCUGUGGCGAUGGCCGGACCUUCACAAGAAUGAACUCAAGCAUGUCAAGUUCUGUCAGUAUGCAUUCGAUCUGAAGUACGAUAACGUGUGUGUGAACCCUUACCACUAUGAGCGAGUGGUGUCCCCUGGGAUCGUGGGAUUCAGUUUGCCGAACACAGGCAGGCUGAUAAAAGAAGAGCACAUACAUGACUGCAUCCAGAUGGAGGGUCCGCCGAGUAUGACCUUACAUCAAGACCAUCAUCCUCCAGAUCACUACAGCCCACAGCAACUGAGACUGAUGUCCCCAGAGCCGCCCCAGCGAACCACUUCCUCUGUCACUCUCUACCCCAGUCUGCCCCUCUCUCCACCCUCGAGUGCUUCCAGGUUGUCCAUCCAGGUAGAACGACCUGAGGGACUGUUGCAGAUCACCUCCCCAGCGGGACGGGCAUUAGCCUCCAGCUCUCCACCUUCCACCCCAACACACAGUCACGUACCCACACACAGCCAGCCCUCGUCCCAGCAGCCCUCUAUCAGUCAGAGUGAAUACAGCACCUCCAAACACACACAGACACAGGGCUCUUACCACACAACAACCUGGACAGGGACCAGCACAGCCUCUUAUACUCCUACUGGACCACAGCAGAAUGGGCGGAGUCAACAACAAGCCCCUCCCCCUCAUACGAGCCACUUCUGGUCUCAACAUCACACACCAGCCUCAUACCCUCAACCUGUCUCAAAUCAUCCAGGCCCAGAGUUCUGGUGCUCAAUCUCUUACUUCGAGAUGGAUGUGCAGGUCGGGGAGAUGUUUAAGGUUCUAGCAAACUGUCCUGUGGUGACAGUGGAUGGAUAUGUGGACCCUUCGGGUGGGGACCGCUUUUGUCUGGGUCAGCUUAGCAAUGUUCAUCGAACUGAUACCAGUGAGAGGGCACGGCUUCACAUUGGUAAAGGUAUUCAGCUGGAGUGCCGUGGGGAGGGGGAUGUGUGGAUGCGUUGCCUUAGUGACCAUGCUGUCUUCGUGCAAAGCUACUACCUGGACAGGGAGGCAGGGAGAGCACCAGGGGAUGCUGUUCACAAGAUCUACCCAGGAGCCCUCAUUAAGGUGUUUGAUCUUCGUCAGUGUCACAGGCAGAUGCAGCAGCAAGCGGCGACUGCACAGGCAGCUGCAGCUGCGCAGGCUGCAGCGGUUGCUGGAAACAUCCCUGGUCCUGGCAGUGUUGGAGGAAUUGCUCCUGCCAUCAGUCUGUCAGCGGCAGCUGGAAUAGGUGUUGAUGACCUGCGUCGUUUGUGCAUCCUGCGUUUGAGUUUUGUAAAGGGUUGGGGACCUGACUAUCCUCGACAGACCAUCAAACAGACACCAUGCUGGGUGGAAGUUCAUUUACACCGUGCCCUGCAGCUGCUGGACGAGGUCCUGCACACCAUGCCCCUCGCUGACCCCGGACCUGCCAACUGACCCACAGACUGCAAAAUAUACAAGUCCUGUCACAAAAACAGGAAUGACUGACAGAGAGACACACACACCUGCACAAGCUAACAGUGACUCAUAGUACCACAUACACACAUAAGCCGUCAUGCCUUCACACACAGUUUUUCCACAGCCGUGGCCAGCAUAGUGCCUCUGAACUGACCAAUGUUUAGUCCACUCUUCGGUUCUGUUGACUCAGUUGUCAUGGUAACACAGACCAAAUGCCCCUCUACUGAGUUCAGAAAGAUCCAUAUAGCUGAACAUAUGAUGGGCACUGUUAAUAUACUUAAAGGGAUAGUUCUAACCUAGAAAACUCUCCGUUGACUUUCAAGCUGGAAAAACCAAACUGUAGUCAGCCCAAUCAGAUCGUGUAUAGAGUUGGUGGGCGGGCUUAACAUAUUGAAAACAGAGAUGCGACGGUUCACUGCUACUUGAAAACAAACUGUCUUUCGAUUCGGCUUUGGCCCUGAUUCAGGAUGAUUUAAAGUUUUUUAAAGCUUUUCUUUAAAACGAA